GGUUUUCGGGUAUAAUUGUAGGUUUAGUUGGCUAGUUGUUGUGGUAUCAAUGUUCCUAAUGAUAUCUGUGGUUUGGUUUAUCAUCUAUCUUGUUUUCAGGAAAUAUAAAAUAAAAUGUGGGAAUAUUAGAAUCACCUUGUUCUUUACUAACAUCAGUUUUGUUUCUUUUUUUUGUUUGAUCCAGUAAUUGUCUUAUUUCGCCGAAUGUUCAACUUUUUAUAGAGAAAAGUCAUUCCACAAAUCACUGGUUACAUACGGAGUAGGCUUCAAACAAUGAGGGUUGGUUCAACAAUAAACCAAGAAAUGCUACUACGUGAAUUGGGAAUUGAUAAGAGAGGCCGGCACAGGAGAAGUGCAAGGAAGAAUGAUAAUGAGCUUCAGAUUUGUAGCUUUGAAAGUGUAGCCUUGGCAACAGAUUACUUCUCCGAUGCAAACAAGCUCGGUGAAGGAGGUUUUGGUCCUGUAUAUAAGGGGAGGUUAAUACAUUGGGAAGAAGUGGCUAUCAAGAGACUAUCUAUAGCCUCAGGGCAAGGAUUAGUGGAGUUCAAGAACGAAGCUAUGCUUAUUGCAAAACUCCAGCACACAAAUCUUGUGAAGUUGAUAGGUUGCUGCGUCGAGAAGGAUGAGAAGAUGUUGAUUUAUGAGUACAUGCCCAACAAGAGCCUUGACUACUUCCUCUUUGACCCUUUGAGGAAAAAUGUUCUAGAUUGGACGCUGCGGUUCAGGAUCAUGGAAGGGAUCAUCCAAGGGCUGUUGUACCUUCACAAAUACUCAAGAUUGAAAGUGAUACACAGAGACAUCAAAGCCAGCAACAUUUUGCUGGACGAGGAUAUGAAUCUCAAAAUAUCUGAUUUUGGUAUGGCUAGGAUAUUUGGAGCACAAGAAUCAAGAGCCAACACCAGACGAGUUGCUGGCACAUUUGGCUAUAUGUCUCCAGAGUACUUCAGAGAAGGACUAUUCUCAGCUAAGUCAGAUGUGUUCAGCUUUGGGGUUCUGAUGCUUGAAAUCAUUUGUGGAAGGAAGAACAAUAGCUUUCACCAUGACUCAGAAGGGCCUCUGAAUCUCAUAGUUCAUGCGUGGAAUCUGUUUAAAGAAAACAGAAUUGGCGAGGUGAUAGAUCAGUCUUUGGGAGAUUCUGCACUUGACAACCCUCAAGUGUUGAGAUGCGUUCAAGUUGCUCUCUUGUGUGUACAAGAAAGCGCAGAGGAUAGACCAAACAUGUUAGAUGUUUUGUCCAUGAUAUACGGCAAUAAUGCUCUUUCUUUACCCAAAGAGCCCGCUUUCUAUGAUGGUCCUCGGAGAAGCUCGCCGGAGAUGGAGCUUGAGCUACCGGAGCCAGGAAAUGGAUCGGAUAAUAGGGUUACCAUCACGGUGAUGGAAGCAAGGUGAGCUGGUGGUGGAAUACAAAUAAAAAUGAUCGCAUUUGAGUCUCUUGUUAAGACUGAUCAUACAGUAUUUAAUCACUUGUUGAGCCCCAAAUUAAAACAGAGUUAAGGGUGUGGUUUAUAUUAACCCUUGUUUA